AGCCUUGUUUUGUUUAAAACGACUUUAAGUCGUUGCUAAUGCUAGUCAACAUCGAACAUCAAAAAAAAAAAAAAAAAAAUCCCUGAAAAAGUAAGUAAUUCGCACACUGGUAAAGAAAGGGAACAGAUUUUUCAAACAGGAAUAUUAAAAUUGUUUUACAGUGUGAGCUUUCAGGAUUAUUUUUAUGUUAAUCAUGGGAGGCGGAUUCACUGAAUAGAUUCAGUCCGUCAUGUGCUCCAGCCCACCGAACCAAAAUACUCCAGCACUCUUCAUUCCCCUCUCCUAACAUCCUCUCCGACUGGAAGCGACUUCCAAUGCCCAGAGAAAAUAAGAAAAUAGUCUACCUAUCUCGGACAAACGUUUUUUGCGUGCAUCUAUGGUUGUGGACAUGUCGUUCACACUGAAGUAUAAGGCGAUCCAGCUGUUUUGCAGAGAGCGCUGGUGAGAAAUCAGACGGCAGCAUCAUCCAGGAUGUCUCUGAUGUUUGGGAAAGCAAGAACUUGCAAUAUUGUCACAGUUCCUGAGCAUGAGCCUUCGGAGUGUAACAUAGUGAUUUUGGGAGCUAUGGGAUCUGGAAAGUCAGCACUUACUGUGAAAUUCCUCACGAAGCGCUUCAUCAGUGAAUAUGACCCAAACCUUGAAGAUACUUACUCUUCUGAAGAAGCUGUGGACCAGCAGCCAGUCAUAGUCAAAGUGAUGGACACGGCCGAUCAGGAUGGACCAGUCAACUGUGAGCGCUAUUUAAGCUGGGCCAAUGCCUUCAUCAUUGUCUACAGCAUUGACAACAGGAGUAGCUUUGAGGCCUGCCAGCAGUACCUCGAGACUGUGACCGUUUACUCUAAAGGCCUGCAGCCAGAAGCUCCUGUCGUUCUUCUAGGGAACAAAGUGGACAUGGAGAGAUACAGACAGGUGAGUAAGGCAGAUGGUGCCGCCCUGGCAUUGCGGUUCGGCUGCCUGUUCUUUGAAGUUUCCGCCUGCUUGGACUUCCUGUCUGUUCAGCACAUCUUUCACGAAGUCGUUCGAGAAGUGAGGCGAGAGACAGAGAGGAGUAUCCGUCCGCUCUUCAUCAGCGAAGACAAGUCUGCAAUCAGCCUGUCCUCCGCCCCUCCCCUCACCGCCUGCUUUAAAGAGCUGCCCACACCGGCCACAGCGAAGCUGGUCACGGUUAAAUCUUCGAGAGCUCAAAGCAAACGCAGAGCCCCCACGCUUACACUGCUCAAGGGCUUUAAGAUCUUCUGAUGUAAUGCUGCCCUCUUCUGAUGCUGGAGAGGAUCUACAAGAGGGAAUGCUUGUCUUGACAUUAUAUAACAGGACCUGAAGGAGAAUAACGUCUCUCACAUACUUGAGAAUGCAGUAAUUGUAUGACAUUGUACUAAAUAUAUCAGAGCGCCAAUUAAUGUCUUUGUUAGCAUUUCUGAUUUUUCUUUUAUGAUUUAGAUUUUUUUUUUCACCACUAUUAUACUUGUAUUCGAUUGUGAUUAGAGAUGCACCGAUAUAUCUGCCAAUAAUCGGUAUCAGCCGAUAAAAGCAAAUUCACACUAUCAGCUGAUAGUUUAAAAACAGCCGAUAGUCAGGGCCGAUAUAUGCCGUCAAUCAAAAGAGGGCAGGAAAAUGCACUUAAUUUGGGCUUUGUGUAAAGAAAAUGCUAUGAAACCAGUUUGAUGUUCAAUAUUAAUAGUAAUUAUAUGAAUUAAUAACAUUCAGAAAGUUAAGAAAUAUUAAUUUAAUCUUCAGAAUUUAGUUAAUGUGUUUUUAUUUGCAUUUCUUUCUAAAUAUAAUAAUUAAAAAUAUAAUGAUUAAUUAUUAAUUAUAAUGAAAUUGUCAUUCAUUUUAAAGAAGUUAUAAAAGGCAGGAACCCCAAACUAUCGGUAUCGGCAGAUAUCAUUCUGAAUAAUCGGCUUUCGGUAUCGGUGGAGAAAUUUAGUAUCAGUGCAUCUCUAAUUGUGACAAAACCAAUUUCCACUUUAUAUAUUAAUUUCCAAGGAUUCAUGAGGACAUUUGGGGGUUUUUUUUCCCACACAGCAGAACAUAAAACCAAAUCAUGUACAGAAUUUCAAAGAAAGUUUUAGGACAAAAUAAACACAUCUGUGUUUGUUCUUGUUAAACUGUAAAAUAAAAUGUUAAUAUUGAUUAAACACAUUAUAAUUACCAAGUUUAUUAUAUUGCAUCACAUCAAGUGAGAUAGAAGAUAAUAACUUGCAAUGUUUUGUAUGGGAAGCUUAGAAAGAAAAAUACAAAGAUUAAAUAUUUGAUUUCACAAUAUGUAAGAUUUUUGGAUUAAAAUAUCUAAAAACCA